GGGCAGGGCGAUGGCUGGGGCCACGGCGUUGGGCGAUCUUGGGGCAGUGGAGCCGCAGGAGUUGCUGCCUCUUAUGAUGCAAUUGAAGGUCCUGACGAGAAAGAAGGGGCAGAGGGUAGUGCUUGGCCAGCAGUACAUAGGCGAAUUGAUCGAUUGCUUGGGGGACAGAUCUUUGCCAGCGGCGAUCGCAGCAGAGGGGGCGAAUGUUAUACUCAAUCUGUGCUAUGAGAGGCAGAAUGUGGAGCUCGUUCUAAACAACAAUGGCGCCGCGAUUCUGAUUGAGCUGCUCACAUCCACGGAAGAAGAGCUCCAGGCCAAUGCCGCUGGAGCGCUACAGAGCAUUUGCUUCCACCCAAAAGGCCGCCAGAUCGUGCGAACGCUGGGAGCAAUCGCGAUACUUGUCCAAUUGCUCUCUUCCAAAUCCCAGAGCGUGAGAGCUCGAGCAACUGGCGCUUUGCACAACAUAAGCUCCGACGGCGAAGCCAUUCGUGAAAUUCGCAAGCAGGGUGGAAUCAAAUCGUUCAUACGGCUGCUCCAGAGCCGGCAACUCAGCAUUUGCGGAUCCGCUGCCGGCGCUCUCCAAAACAUCUCGAGAGAGAUUGCGAGCAGGACGAUGAUCCGGAACAGUGACGCGAUGUUUUCCUUGGUCCAUUUGCUUGGCAGCUCCGAGCUUCAAACACAGGUUUGCGCCGCAGGAGCCCUGCUAAACUUGCUGGGGAGAGACUCACAUACCUGUUAUAAGAAACGGGCUAGCAUUGUGCGAGCAAUGAGAAAUAUCAUGCUGGCAAGCAUCGUUCGUAAUAUUUUUUUCACUCAAGAGGUUAGAACUCUUUUUACUUCCCUCUCGCAACAAUAAACUUUCAAAGAAAAGGUGGCAUGCCCAUGGAAGGCUUUUGAUUGCCUUACGCGCUCCGCAAUAUCGAGACGCUCAGCUCCUCUUUGAGCAAAUGCCUGCUUAUUCUUUCUGCCAUGGCCACUAGCACAGGGAGCCGGUGACCAUUGCUUGCCUAAUAGACAUGGUUUUUCUGGCAGUUCAUAUUAUCGUUCACAUGAUUUUCUUCUAUUAAA